AAAUAAAUAUUUUAUAGCAUUUAGUCAAGUUACAUUAUUAUCAUACUCAAUAAAAAAUAAUAUUUUGAAAUAUAUACAUACAAUUGUUUGGAUAAAAUAACUUGUACGAGAUAAAACGAAAAUAAAAGUUUUAUAUAUAUAUCUGCGUACAAGAGAUGGAUCACUCACGCUCACGAAUUGUGAAAAGUGAAAAUAUUCUAUAAAUGUUAGCUUAUCAAAAUUCCACGUUCAAUCAGUUAUUGGAACGGUAAUCGAAAGUUUUAAGGAUAACAAAAAACAUGAGUCCAAAAUUAUGGGAAGGCCAAAUCGAAUGCAGUUGUACACGAGCCUGUUUCUGCACAUAUGCGAAUUUCGAUUCGAUUCAAGAGUACUGUUUAGAUGGAGAUUUUUUCUUUAAAGAACUUGAUGAUGUUAUUAAAUUACAUGCAGAUUUGAAAAAAGGGAUCGAACCGAGGAUUAAGCCCAAUGGUAAAACAUUCAAAGAAGCAGGAAAAGAUUUUUUCGAGUACCGUAUGGUCAUGAUCAUAAAUGCAUAUGAUUUUAUUCUAGACGUUGAAAAAUGUACAGGUACAAGUGAAAUCAUCAAGGGUACGGACUACGAAAAAAUCUACCUCGAAGCUAAAGAAAAAUAUUCAGAAGCUAUCGAUAAACUUAUGAAAAUUAGCGAGGAAGAUAUCCGGCGGUUGGAAAAUGAUUGUCAUUACGAGAUUGAUUUGUGAUUACCUAUUAAUCAAUUACUCUGUACUAAAAAAAAUGUCAUAUUUUGUAUCUGAAAGUACUAUUAAAUAAAAUAAAAUAAUCAAA